ACAAGCAACAGGACAUCACAACGACUUACAACUAAACUGAAGGUUCUCACUGCUGCGGCUGGUCGUUUCCUGCAGAGUGACGUCAUGGCAGCUGCAGAAUCAGUGUCUGAGCUGAGGGUUGUUCUGCUGGGGAACAGCUGGUCUCGGAGGAGUUCAAUGGGGAAACUCCUACUUGGAGGGAAGUUCAACACCGAGGAAGAACCAGACUGCUGUCUGAGAGUCAGUGGACAGUUAGAAGAGAAAGAAAUAGUUCUGAUCAACACUCCAGAUCUGCUGCAUCCCAACAUCUCUUCAGACAAACUGAACGAACAUGUAGAAACCUGUGUGAGACUCUCUGAUCCCGGACCUCAUGUGUUCCUGCUGGUCCUACAGCCUGAAGACUUCACUGAGGAUCAUAAACUGAAGCUCUGCAGCAUCCUGAAACUCUUCAGUGAUCGAUCAUUUGAUCAUUCACUGGUUCUGAUAUCACCACCCAGAGAGGAGAGUCCAGGUCUGAUGGACAAAUACACUGAAGAUCCUCAAAUAAAAGAUAUGAUCAGAAUGUGUAGAUGCAAGUUUCUGUGUAAGGAGAACCUUAAACCUUCACAGAUGUUGACACAGUUGGUUCAAAUCGCGAAGGAGAACAGUGGAAAACAUGUCAGCUGUGAUCUGUUUAAGGACACAACAUCGACUUUACCAGCUGAAUAUCAAACCCCCAAACACAAGGAAACAAAGACGUCUGUUAAGGGUUUUAUUAAAGCUGUUGGGUGGAGUAUGUUAAAAGGAUUCACUCAUAAAGUCUCGGGAAAAAACCCUUCGACUGACUCAUCUGGACUCAGGGUUGUGCUGCUGGGAAAAAAUGAGGACAAACAGACAAGACUUGGUAACUUCAUCAUCGGGGGCCAAGCUUUUCAUCACCAAAAGACCAAGAUUUGUGUGGCUGCACGUAGAGAGUGGGGAGGAAAUCCUCUAACUGUUGUGAAAACUCCAGAUGUCUUCAGUCUGUCUGAGGAGACUGUGAGAGAGGAGAUGAAGAGGUGUGUGAGUCUGUGUCCUCCUGGACCAAAUGUUCUCCUGCUGUUAGUGAAGCCUUCUGACUUCACGGAGAAGAACAGAGAAAGACUGAAGUCCAUCCUGAGUUUGUUUGGUCAAGAGGCUUUAAAACAUUCGAUGGUCAUUGAGAUAGAUGAGGGGGCUGAAACAACUGCCUCUGUGAAUCAGCUCCUUAAAGACUGUGGAGGAAGAUACUACAGCAUGUCUGAAGAAAACCACAGCUCAUUAAUGCAGAAGAUGAUGGGCAUUGUCGAUGAAAACAAAGGAGCCUUCCUCACCUUCAGUGAAGAGACUAUCAGAGCAAAGUCUGAAGACAUCAGACCAACUUUAAACCUGGUUCUGUGUGGGAGGAGAGGAGCAGUGAAGACUUCCGCAGCUGAGGCCAUUUUACGUCAGACAGAGUUUCCUUCAGUCUCAAACUCAUCAGUGUGUGUUCGGAGUCAGGGAGAGGUGUGUGGACGUUGUGUUUCCCUGGUGGAGCUGCCUGCCUUGUGUGAAAAACCUCAGGAGGAAGUGAUGAAGGAAGCACUCAGAUGUGUCUCCCUCUGUGAUCCUGAGGGCGUCCAUGCCUUCAUCCUGGUCCUACCUGUGGGUCCCCUCACUGAUGGAGACAUGGAAGAGUUAAAGGCCAUCCAGAACACAUUUAGCUCUCACGUCAAUGACUUCACCAUGAUACUAUUCACUGUGGACUCAGGUACCACAGCUAAAGCCCCCAUUAAGCUUGUAAAAGACAACAGAGACAUCCAGGAGCUCCUUCGGAGCUGUGGAGGAAGAUACAUUGUUCUCAACAUCAAGGAAAAGCAGCAGAUCCCAGAGCUGCUGGCCACAGUGGAUAAAAUGAGACUGAGACCCUACAAAUACAAACCAUGCAGCUACACUACAGAAACAUUUGCAUUUGCCCAAACAGAAAAGAUCAAACAACUAGAGGAAACCAUCACCACACUGCAGACUGAACUGAAAGACCUGAAAACAAAAAGUGCCAUCAGCUGUGAUGAUGAAGAACAGAGCCCAGAGUGUCUCAGGAUUGUGCUGAUAGGGAAGACUGGCAGUGGAAAGAGUUCUUCAGGAAACACUAUUCUUGGAAAUAAGGAGUUUGAAACUAGUUUAAGCCAAGCUUCAGUCACCAAAUGUUGUCAGAAAGCACAGGCUGAAGUGGACGGUCGUCCAGUCGUUGUGGUCGACACUCCUGGUCUGUCUGACACAACUCUGUCUCAUGAAGACGUUAAUGAGGAGAUGGUGAAAUGCAUCAGUCUUCUGGCUCCAGGACCACAUGUCUUCCUGCCAGUGAUAAAAAUUGGCAGAUUUACAAAUGAAGACAAGGAUACAUUAAAACAUAUCAAGAAAGCCUUCGGGAAGAAUGCACAAAAUUUCACCAUCAUUCUGUUUACUGGAGGAGAUGAACUGAAACAUCAUGAGCUGUCCAUUGAAAAUUAUGUCAAAAUGCAAUGUGAGGAUUCCUUUAAGAAACUGAUCGCUGACUGUGGAGGAAGAUACCAUGUGUUUAAUAACCGUGAUAAAGACAACCACUUGCAGGUCAGCGAGCUGAUCACCAAGAUCGACACCAUGGUGAAGACAAAUGGAGGCAGCUGCUACACUAAUGAGAUGCUGCAAGAGGCCGAGGCAGCAAUACAGAAAGAAAUGGAGAGGAUCCUGAAGGAGAAGGAGGGAGAGAUGAGGAGAGAGAGGGAGGAGCUUCAGAGAAAACAUGAGGAACACAUGGAGAAAAUGAAAAGAAGAAUGGAAGAACAGAGAGCAGAAAUAGAAGAGAAGAGAAAACUGAGAGAAAAACAAUUUAAAGAAAAGGAGGAAAACAUUAGGAAGAAGUGGGAGAAAGUAAAGAAAAUGAGAGAGGAAGAAGACAGGAAGAGAAAAGAAGAUGAACAAAUUCAGAAACAGAAGUGGAAACAAAAUGUUGAAGCGCUGGAGCAAAAAAUCAGAUCAGAGUCAGAAUCAAAGGAGAACAUUUACAGAAAGCUGGAGGAGAGCAGAGAAGAGAUGAGGAGAGAACGAGACAACUGGGAGCAAAAUCAAAAGGAAUGGUGGGAAAAACGUCAUCAAGAAGAUGAACAGAGACGACAGGAGGAACAAACGAGAAUCAGAAAGUUACAAGAAGAAUACGAGCAAGAAAGAAAAGAUGAAGAAAAGAAAAGAGAAGAAGAGGAUCAAAACAGAAGAGAAGAAGAGGAAAAAGAGAAAAAGUGCACUGAGGAGAAGCAUAAGCAGGGAAUGGAGAAUCUGAAGAAGAUGCAUGAAGAAGAAGCCAGAAAGAAAGCUGAAGAGUUCAAUGAUUUCAGAAAGAAAAUGAAGGAGGAGUCUGAAGCUCUGAAGAAAAAACACCUCCGUGAAAUUUGUGACUUGGUGAAAUGUGUGAACAAAAAGAAAGCAAAUCUGAAAAGAAUUGAUGGCUUACUGAAAAAACAUGAAAACGAAAUGAAGGAGGUGGCCACUGAAGAGGAAAAGACAAAACUGCAGGGACAACAUGAACAGGAAUUCAGUGAGUUGAUGCUGGAAAUUCUGAAUGAAGUCACCACGUCAAGAUGUCCGAUUUUAUGAUCAGAUUUGUUUGAAGUAUAUGUCACUAUAAAAAAGCAACUACAGAUUAUUUUCUUCUAGUUUCAUUUGGCUUUAAUAACUCAAACAGAUUUAAUUGUAAUAUUUUGGGGGUGACUACAGUGUGAUGUAUACCCUGGUCUCAUCUGCUGUUAGGUGUCUCAAUCAGCAGCCUAUACUGUAGGAGCCAUGAAUUUAUUAGGAGGUGUUUAGUUACAAGGUAGGUGAAGGGAUAUUAUUAUAUUUUUGCAGUUUGUUUUGGAUAUGAUAUUUUAUGUGGUCAAACUGAGUAGGGGGAUAGUGUGUCACGU